UUAGACCGAAUCAUUUUUUUGAGUGUAUGAUGUCGGGACCACACAAAUCAUGGAUCAUUUCAGAACAACAAUGAAGAGUGCACCACUUGACCUUAAUGGUGAUACCAACACUUACUGCACACCAACAUUCAUUUCCCGUUUGACCAAAUACUUCCUUCCGCAUGCCGUUCUGUGGUCUGGAAUGAUGUUAGGGGAUCUAGAACGUCAUGGGACAAGGCAAGCAUACCAGAAUUUGACUAAGCUCUAUAACAAAGUCAAACAAUCAAAGAAACAGAACUUCACUGAAGAUAACCGAACACAAGGCAUCAUGGAGAAGAGUCAGUGGGACCUAAAGCGAAUUCGGCUCCAAAGAAGGCAGUUUACAAGACUGGAUGACUUUGUUAGAGUAUACCAAAAGAUGCAUGAUGCACUGCUCCUUGAAUAUGGAGACAUGGAAAGAAGCAGGAAGAAAUCCUUUCAAGUGGAAGAGGAAGUAUGGCGAAAAACUCAGAAGCGUACAGGACUGUAUGUGUCCCCUUUAGUGCUGGACCUGUCAUUGAAAAAACAAAGAGAGAACUUUUCACAGCAACAGCCACAAAUAGCUGAGGAACAAAAUACAGUUAUCAUCCAAACACAGGCCACAUCUGACUUCACUGAACAUCAGGAGGAGGACACAAAGAGAAGUACCACUCAAAGAACCAAUGAUGCUCAAUCACAGCUAACUGCAUUGUGGGGCAAAAAUAACACAGAAGUAGUCGUUUCUGUGGUCCUUUCUCAAUUUAGAAAGAAAUUAUUAGUCCACCACAGUGAGUUACUAUCACUUAGGCCUCAUAACUGGCUCACAGGUGAGGACAUUGAGUAUUUCUUACAUCACACUGUCAAUCGACUGCAUUUGGAGAAAACCAUUUAUGUCUUGGACCACUACACAGCUACUGUGAUCCUCUUUAAGAACAGAAUUACAGUCAGGAAGCAUAGUUUGCCGAAGUACAUCAGUGCAGCAGAUGUACAGAUGCACCGUGUGUAUUUGGUGGAUCCUUCAAGCAACGCUGCAGAGGAGGCAGAUUCAGAAGUUGCUGCUCAAAAAUUCAUUCUUAUGCAAUUUAGUUCAUUCAAUCUAAUCAUAUACACUGCAUCUAUGUAAUUGUGUCUAAAUUGUAGUAUUUUUGCACAUAUAUAAAGAAUAAUUAUAUUUUAACAUUUCAUAGUCCUUAUCUGAAAGUAUUCACUGUGUGACAAUCCGCCACCGUGAGAGAGAGUGGGCAGAUAUUGAAUUCACAGGAGCUGUUAUGCAACACCCAGUCCAGCAUGAUACAUAUAGCUGUGGUGUGAUGGUCAUGAUGAUGGCAAAGGCAGUCAUGGAGGCAUUUCCUAAAUUGCCUAACAUGGAAUUUGGGACUACUGAAGAAGAAAUGGCAGAGGAACGCACAGCUAUGGCAUUUGAACUACUUGAGGCUUCAGUGUUUGAUGCAAAGAACAAUUGCUCCAUGUGUGCAAAAGAGGAAAGUCCAGGGUCUGCCCUUACUGACUGGAUUCGGUGCGACAACUGUAACAGGUGGUUUCAUGUACCAUGUGUGGACAUGGACAAUAAACAGUUUGAACAUGCCAAAAAAGCUGCCUGGGAUUGCUGUUUGUGCAAAGCUUGAUCCAGAACUUAUUGUGUAUUUUCAUUUAUCAGAUUAAAGACUAAAGGGUAUCGUGCCUUCUCUGUGGCAGCUCCACGUCUCUGGAAUAGCCGCCCUCCUCAUAUUAGAUCCUGUAACUCAUUGGGUAUGUGUACAAUUUUUGCUGAAAAUGCAUCUUUACUCUAUUGCUUAAAACUGCCCUGAGGGGUGGAGUCUGAGUAGUGACUUGUUUUCGGUGUAUUUUUAAUUUGUCUUUGUGCUGCCAGUGUAAAGCACUUUGGUCAACGUGUUGUUUUUAAACGUGCUUUAGAAAUAUGUGUUGUUGUUUUUAUGUUGUUACUUUUUGAUUCUGAAGAUGUGAAAGUUGAAUAGCAUAGAAUUACAUGUCUAGAGCAUGAUCUGUCCUUGGUUGGAGAAAAGCACCCAACAUGUUAAAACAUACAUAUACUCUUCUUUGACAGCUUAGGUCAUUAGGGCCUCUCAUGUACAUGACCAAUUUACAGUUUACUUUAUUCUUCAAAUUUCCAAAUAACAACAAAAAAAAAACUUUAGUCGGAAACCUGUGGUAGAAUAAAAGUACAACAUAUCGGAAUGUUUUGGGAAAGUUACUGAUUAGAGCUUGGAUUUGAACAACCCAGCCUUGAAGAAGUUGCAUUUUUCUCUAUGUAUGUGUGUUAUUGUCUGUCUGUUCAGGACCUGUUUCCUGUCUCCUGCCAUUGUGAAUGUGCUAUAUAAAUAAACGUGUCUUACCUGUAAAGUAUUAAAUAACAGAACUUUUGGACCA